GCAAGGGUUGCGAGAUUUUGAGGUAAAGCAGUACGCAAAAUCGAUUCUGUUGGGGCUAAGUGAUAUUCACGGAAGAGGUUUCGUUCACCUUGAUAUUAAACCAGAUAACAUUCUUCUUGUGGGGACUGAAAGAGUAGCCAAGAUUGCUGAUUUCGGGUUCGCGAAGAAGAAUCANAUUGCUGAUUUCGGGUCCGCGAAGAAGGUUGGAGGAGUAAAGAGUCAGAAAAAAAAGCACGGACUCAAAGGAACACCUAUGUACAUGGCGCCAGAAUCAGUUCUUGAUAACGAUUACGGACCUGAAGCCGAUAUUUGGGCUUUCGGGUGCACUGUCUUUGAGAUGGUUACAGGGAAGACAGUGUGGGAUUGCAGUGAAGCUAACAACGUUGUUUAUCUAUUGUGCAAAAUUGGAAUGGGAUCACCGGAUUUGCAGAACAAAAGAUUGUCAAAAGUGGCUGAAGAUUUUCUGAGAAAGUGUCUUGUUAAGGAGCCGAGAUCGCGAUGGACUGCUGAUAUGUUAUUGAAGCAUCCAUUUCUUUCAUCUGAUGAUAAUGUUGUUGUUCGUGAGCAGAAGCAGACAAGGAAAAAGGAACUCAACCCACUUUUGUUUGUAGAAAUUGCAAGAGAAACUGAUCAAUUGAUUGAUGAUAUUUGCAAUAGUACAGAGAUGGAUAAGCUGAAAUACUACAUUUGGAGGGCCAGGAAUGAAGCAGUUUGGCUGAUGAAAGUGACACGACCUCACAAGGUGCUCGAGCAAAUACGGUAUACUUGUAAAUACAGAUGCCUAGAAGCUAUACGGGAAAGAAACUAUAGAAGGAGACUAGUUGGAUAG